CUCCCUAACCCCGUUCGUUAUUGUUUGUGUUGGACUUCCCGUACUGCAUGUUCUGUCGUUCCGGCUUUCAUACAGGACUUCCGUUGUCAUCCGUUUCAUCCGGACUCCAGAAUCCCGUACCGGCUGCGCUUCCCCUCCCUGUGCAUCUCGGGUCAGCUACGCUUCUCCCAAUGCGCUACUCGGACUGUCUUUCUCAACCUAAGGACUGCCGUGCGUGUGUGUGUGCGCGUGUGUGUGUGUGUGUGUGUGUGCGUGCACCUCUCUCUCACACAUGCCAUUAAAACCCGAGCGAACUGUACUCCGGCUUCCGCCUUUUGUUUCGCUCACACCGUGACAGUAUUAGGACACUGCAUUUGUAACACUACAUUAUAUUAUAUUAGGAAACUACUAGAGCCAACUAUUUUGAGAAUUGUCACUCCUUUAUCAGUGGAAUACAGACAUUUCAUUUCCUAAACUUCUCAAAGUGUCCGUUGGUUGUUGUGGGGAAAUGCUUUUGUCAGCAGGAUGCUGUCUGUGUCUGUUCUCCUUAUUUUGGGCUUAUCAUUGCAUAGACUGGUGAGGAGGAUAGAAAGGCUGUAGACUGUAGGCUACCUAAAAAUUGAAUUGUUGUCAAUAAUUAUAAUUUUAGGUACAUUAACAUUCAUCUAUAUUAUUUUACAAUUUCGAUUUUGUACAGUGAUUUUAUUUUGUAUUAAAAUGCACCUACAGAUACCAUUUAAGGAAUAGUAAUUUAUUUAACAUUCGAUUCCAUGCACUUACAGAUAAAAACAAUUCCUUUUUUUUUUAUUUUUUUGCAUUGAUUUGCAUGGGGGAGGAGUUUACAACAUCAAGCCCCGCCCCAAAUCUCGCCGCCACCUGAGCUUAAAAUUAUAGAGCGCGCGUGUCUCUAGGACAACCCGAGAUAAACAAAGCUGUUCCGCGGAGAAGAAAAGCCCAUGGUGUAAUUCUUCUCUCCGAGAAGUAAACUACUGGUAUUUCCCUGAAGAAAUCUGACACUUGAGGAUGCCUACAGGAACCAAAAAGGCCAAGUCCCAUAGCGCCAAACCUAGGAAAAAGAGUGACAAAAAGUGUCCAUCUAAGAAAAGGUCAGCAAGUACCACAUGCACAAAGCCUGUAGUGGAUAUUCUGAGCCCAGCUGCUAUUGAGAAUGCCUACUACAUUUCCCACAAUGCAAUGGACUGCCUGGAGUUCAGAGGCUUUGGCUGGCCUGAAGCCACAAAGAAAAAAGGAAAGGGACUAAAGAACAAACAAAAAAACAAAAAAUGAGAAAGGAAGAAGCAGGCUUACUGUGGAUUACAAAAAUAUCAGCCAUAUAUACUGUAAAUGAUAUUGUCAGGUUCAUAAUUUCUGUAUAAAUGCUGUAUGUAUAAGAUAUAUAAGCUAUAUCUAUCAUGAGAGCAUGUACACUAAUGCUAAAAAGAAAAUAUAUUUUUGAAAUGAGUGAAGCCUGAGAAUGACCAUUAGUCAGAAUAUAAUUUAUUAAUUUUUUUUUUCCACAAUUCACUGUACUCUUUCGACUGUUUGAAUUAAUCACCAGUUCUGAGGCAUUAAAGAAAUGACAAACAU